CGGCUGGUUGCUAUCCCGCUUCAUUUUACCGGUUGGUACGGUCAUGUCGAUCCAACAUUUUUGUGGCAAGAACAGUCCUUUGGUCGGGAACACCUCAGGAUAUGACGAAGUUGCUCAGAUAUUUGAUGAAAGGCUGUACGACAAGGAGGCACACCCAUGCGAAGAUUUCUACCAUUUUGCAUGUGGUAAAUAUAACAUGAAUGCGAAGAAAAAUUUUUUAUGGAAACUCCUCGAAAAUACGCUUGAAACUAUGGAAGGGCUAUUGACCGAUGAAGGUGGAAUACCAUCGAAAGCGUUCAAUCUGUCAAAGCAUUAUUACAUGAGCUGCUUGCGAAACCACGAAGAAUGGGAAUCACAUACUGGAUAUAUUCAGACAGUGAUCGGAAAGAUUCGAAAUUUUGGUCAUUUUCCUCUGAUUGAUGCCAAUAUAUCGUACUAUAAUCGAUCAGAUUAUGAACUUGAUUUGAUCGAUGUCCUCAUCUACUUUAAUAAAAACGGAUUAACGACCGAAUGGUUGGCGCCAAUGUUUUUCUUCCGUGAUAACGACACUACCGUCAUGCAAUUUUCCUCUGGAAUCGCCUACACCUUCCGUCAAAAUCUCAAACUGGCUAUUGCCUUAUGCAUAAGGGCGAAUUCGACUUGUUAUUUACAAAAACUAUUAAAAGAUGCAAUUAGUAUGCGUCUUCUGGCUCUAUAUAUCAACAAACAUUUGUACAUGGCAAAACUACAGUCAACAACGCUUGGAAAAUUGAAUGAAAGCUACUCAUCGGUUGACUUGUUCAAAUAUUUGGCCGAUAUAAGCCCGCUAGAAGUCCGACACGUUUUCCAAGAUGCUCUUCUAGUCGAGGCUCCUCCUCUCGAAGCAAUAGAGCGGUUUGACGCUGAACUGAAAAGGAUUCCUAAAAUUGUUAUCGUGAACACUAUUAUAAGUCAUUUCGUCUUCAACUCUUAUCGUCACCUGGAUGUACGUUUUUAUACGUUGUCGACUCGAGGAAAAGAGAGCGGAGAGCCGGGAAAACUUGAUUUAAAAAAAUUGGCGGAGUCAUGGUGUUUCCUAAAAACGCAAGAGAAGUUCGGACAAGCACUGCUUGCAAGCUAUGCCACUGCUGCCGACGGACAUGAAACGCAAAAAGUAAUGCAGAAGAUCUAUAACCACUUGAAGGAUGCCUUCAUUGAGACGAUCAAUGAGAAACAUCACUGGAGCAGCAAAAUAAAAAAGUAUGUUCGCGUGGAAAACGUAUAUGGCCUGCACUUUACGGAUAUGGAAGAUAUUUUCAACAGAAUUUCUCUCCAUUACGACUUUGCUACGUUACAUAACAUCACAGCUGCCAAAGAUCAUCGAACAAGAACCGAGACAGUCUCGUUGAAUGUACUGAAUGCC